AUGAUCGAUAGCAAGUCCACGAUAGAGCGCCUCACAAACGGAAAGUGCUCCGAAGCUCAGAAAACUAUCGACUGUAUGUUCUUCUCCAUCAAGGACGCGAUCCAAGACAAGACCAUCGUGCCAAUGUACUGCCCAACGACGAAGAUGCUGGCUGACUGCUUAACGAAGGCGCUCGGCAAGAUCCGCCUUGCAGAAAACCGUUCGUAG